CGCUUUGGCACCAGUAAGCCCCAGCAUGCAACAAGCUGUGUACUCGAGCAGUGGCCAUAGCGCGGGCCCGCCGGCGCCCGUCGUCUCGCCCACCGUCAAGCCGCGCUCGGAGGCGCCGCCGUCGCUCAUGGACCUCGACCGGCUCUCGAUGCUGCCGGCGGACUGUACGUGCUUCCUCAACCAGCUCACGCUUGGCAGCUCGGCGCGGUGUUGUUUCAACAUGGAGCCCAACACGACGUUCCUGAACCCGGCCUCGUUUGGCUUUGCACCCAAGCCCGUCCUCGCCGCGCAGGCGUACUUUGUCAACCGCAUGGAGAUGAACCCGGACCGGUUCUACCGGCGCGAGCUGCCGACGCUCCUCCGCAAGUCGGCCGAGCGCCUCGCCGAGUUUGUCGGUGCCGACUCGGACGACAUUGUGUUUGUGCCCAACAUCUCGCACGGCGUCAACUCGGUGCUGCGCUCGCUCGACCUCCAGGACGGCGACGAAGUGCUGUGUAUGAGCUCGACGUACCCCGGCGUCUUUAACACGCUCCGCCACAUUUGCUACAUGACACAAGAGGUCGUCGAGCUCAAGGUCGUCGAUGUCAAGCUCCCGAUCCCGUCCUACGACUCGCUCAUCACGCAGAUCAUUGCUGCGAUCACGCCCAACACGCGCGUGGCCGUGCUCGAUCACAUUACGAGCUCGGGCGGCCUCGUCCUCCCGCUAGAGAAGCUCAUUCCGAUGCUGCGCGCCCGUGGCGUGUAUACGCUCAUUGACGGUGCGAACGCGCCGGGCCAGAUCCCGCUGAACCUGCGCGAGCUGCGCCCCGACUUUUACGUGGGCACGACGACCAAGUGGCUCUUUGGCUCCAAGUCGAGCUCGUUCUUGUUUGUGGACCGCGAGCACCAAUCGGUGAUCCGCCCGGUCGUCACGUCGCUCGGCUACAACCAGGGCUUCCUCGAGGAGUUUGCCGUCCAGGGCACGAAGGACGAGUCCAACUACCUCACGAUCGCCACGUCGCUCGACUUUUACCAGAACCUCGGGUUCGCCCGCGUCUUUGCCCACAACAAAGGACUCAUCGACUGGGCCUCGAGCUACCUCGCGACGCUCUGGGGCACGGAGCCGCUCCUGCCGCCGUGGCAGCGCAGCCCGUUUGUGAGUGCGAUCCGCCUCCCGAUCGAGUGGCCGGCCAAGAAGCACGCGAAGGAGCCGCUCUCGGCCGACGAGAAGCUGCAAGUGUGCGAGUUUGUCAUUGACAUCCUCAUGGACCAGUGCCAGAUCGUGACCAAAGUGCUCCCGAUCCAAGGCCAGAUGUACAUUCGCAUCUCGGCCCAAAUCUACUCGGAGCGCUCGGACUUUGAGCGCCUCGGCAGCGCGAUCACGCGCAUGACGUCCUGUCCAUCCUUCAUCGACAUGUUUUCCGAUAUGCGUGUUUAAGCUUGUAACCUAUUAACUAAGAACUUUGCCUCAUCUAC